CAAGUAACAAGCCGCCCGGCGACCGGGCGGCUUGUUACGCCGCGUCCUGCGCUGCAUCCGCCGAUGGCGGAAGAGGAUCAUCAGGACGACGCAGGCGGACGGUUUAGUGGCUAUGUGCCAAGCGGCGCUACGGGCACCACUGCGGUGAGGGAGCAGCUGACCGCGGUGAAGAAGGAGCUGGACAUUAUCGUCCACGAACUUCGGGGGCCAGGUGGCCAGGUGCAGGCGGUUGACCUGGAAGAGGUCGAACGCCUGGUCCGGCACCUUGAGGUUGACCGAGGGGAGCUAGCUCAAAGGUGCCGACGCCUGGCGGAGGAGAACAAGGACUUGCUCGAAGUGAACAAGAAGAUGGAGGUGGAGCUCUACGCGUCCCAGCGCAAAGUCGAUGAGGCGGAGAGGAAGCUGCGCCAUGAGCAGAUCGAUCGCCCUGACCCGGAGGGCCCAGGGAAGCCCGAUGUGAGCGCGGAGGAGCGCCUUACCCAAGAGGCCUUGGAGGCAUUGUCCAGCUCUUCCAGUCGGGGCGCGGCCUCGCCGUCCCGGGGCGAGCUGGCGCGUGCGCUGCGCGCGGCGCAGGAGGAGUUGGCUGCCCAGCGCCGGCGGAACGAGAAGCUGGAGCGGCAGAGGAUGAAGGACAGCCAACGUGUACAUCUGCUCGAAGAUGCUGUGGAGCGGCAGAGACUGGAGAUUGCAGCCAUUCGGCUGCAGAAGCAGUCCAAGCUCGGACAGGCCAUGGGGAAGCCUAAGGCGCUACAUCAUUUGGCGCAUACCCUGCCGAUCAAGCAGUCGGCCGGCCAUGCGCAAGGUGAUGGUGACAUGCCCAAGUCCAAGUCUGAUGUGUCGUUGCGUUUGCCGCACAUGAGACCGUGACCGUUUCACCUUGUGAAGAUCCGGCGGUAGCCCGAGUGGUCAAAUCAAAUUUGGGCAGGACCUCCCCAAAUGGCUGUCUGUUUGGGGUAUUAUGUCGACCCC